AUGUGGUUGUUGGUUGCGGUUGAGGUCUUGGUGGUGGUGGACCGGGGCGGAGAAGGGCAAUUGCAACUAUUAAAUUCCUAUCUUGCAGCAAGAACGAAGCAGAGAAGCGAAGGAAAGCAGAAAGAGACGAAGACGGCGGAAGAGAGCAGCAGAGUGGUCUGGGUCCCUGGCGGUGCCGAGCGCCCGCAAGUCGAAAAAGGAAUUCAACACGAGAGAAAGGAUCUCAGGGGUCGACCUGAACUCGGGCUGAAGGAUUGGGGCUGGAUCGCACAUUUAGCCGGAAACGGAGAAUUGUUCGCACGGGCAGUGCUGGGUGAGUGUCUGCGGUCGCGGUCGCACCGUAACUCACAGACGGGACUAACUCCCUCGUGUCCGCGAUCUGGCUCCCAUGAUUGGUGUCCCGGCAACGGAAACAUUCCUGCAGCCGCAGCCAGUGAGGGACGGGGGUCACCGCCCUGA